GCUCUCCCACUCGGCCAGAGACCGCGUCAUAAGUAGCCCCGGACCUGAGCCUGCAGCAGCCUGUGGAAGAAAGACAGGGAGAAAGUUAAGUGCUGCUUGGGCGAGCGCGAUCCCCUCCUCUUCCAACCUGCAGCCCAGGAUACUGAUUCGAGCCGCGCCUUACCGCGCAGCCCGAAGAUUCACCAUGGUGAAGAUCGCCUUCAACACCCCCACGGCGGUGCAAAAGGAGGAGGCGCGGCAAGAUGUGGAGGCACUCGUGAGCCGCACCGUCCGGGCUCAGAUCCUGACGGGCAAGGAGCUCAGAGUUGCCACGCAGGAGAAAGACAGCUCUUCUGGGAGAUGCAUGCUUACUCUCCUAGGCCUCUCAUUCAUCUUGGCUGGGCUGAUUGUGGGUGGAGCCUGCAUUUACAAGUACUUCAUGCCUAAGAGCACCAUUUACCACGGUGAGAUGUGCUUCUUUGAUUCUGAAGAUCCUGUAAAUUCCCUCCAUGGAGGAGAGCCAUAUUUCCUGCCUGUGACCGAGGAGGCUGAUAUCCGUGAGGACGACAACAUUGCAAUCAUUGAUGUGCCUGUUCCCAGUUUUUCAGAUAGUGACCCUGCGGCAAUUAUCCAUGACUUUGAGAAGGGAAUGACUGCUUACCUGGACUUGCUUUUGGGAAACUGUUAUCUGAUGCCCCUCAAUACUUCCAUUGUUAUGACUCCAAAGAAUCUGGUGGAGCUUUUUGGCAAACUGGCAAGUGGCAAGUAUUUGCCUCACACUUAUGUGGUUCGUGAAGACCUGGUUGCUGUGGAAGAAAUCCGUGAUGUUAGUAACCUUGGUAUUUUUAUUUACCAACUUUGCAACAACCGCAAAUCCUUCCGCCUUAGACGCAGAGACCUCUUGCUGGGUUUCAACAAGCGUGCCAUUGACAAAUGCUGGAAGAUUAGACACUUCCCCAAUGAAUUUAUUGUUGAGACCAAGAUCUGUCAAGAGUGAAGAAGGGCAGAUAAAGAGUAUCCUUGGGUUUAGAUUCUGAAAGCAGCAUGAAUAUGUCAUCUAACAUCCUGACAAAGUCCAUCCUCUGUUUUUAUUUAAAGCAAGCUCUUGAUAAAAUCAUACGGAUAGAGCGUGCUUUAAAUUUAAAAUAUUUCAAGUUCUUUUUUGACAUUUAUAUGUGAAGCAUGUCAAAUCUCUUAACAUUCUUUUGCUUCAUUCUUCAUUUUGUUCAACUCUCCUGACUUUAGAAAUUACAUUUUUUGCAUUUCUAUCAGGUGCUCUGUAAUGAAUCUGACUUAUAUGUGAACAAUAGUCAUGAGGAAGUAAUUUUUUACGCAUGUAAUGAUUCUUUCUCACUGAUAUCUGUGUUGUGAAAUCCACAAAGCUGUACAGGUGCUGAAUGCUGUAAGGAGUUCUGGUUGUAUGAAUUCUACAACCCUAUAAUAAAGUUUACCAUAUUCAA